GCAGGAUCAGUUACUACGAUGGGGCGAACCCAGUUCAAACAGCAAAAAAACAGUGUUUACGUCGAUGGGUCAUUUCUCUCCAUUCCUUGUUUUUCCGCGCCGUCCUCAGGAUCACAGGGAUCGCGAUGGAAUCCCAGCAUUUGCUCAGAGCUGGUACACCCACACUGCGCCGCCUUCCGUCCCCUCCCGAUGUCGAUGACGACUUUGAUCAUGAUCUAAGUGAUGCACCUGAGAAGACCACAACGCAACGAAGGAGGCAGCCCAGAGAAAUGCUCCAGAUCACCGACAUCUUCGCUUUCCCGUGGUUUGGCUGGUUUUUCGUCUACGCCUUCACGCUCUUCUGUUUCUCCGUUAGUCGAUGCCUCGUUCUCAAGUCACUAGCGACAAUGUACGGCAGUCCUCGAGACUAUACCGCAAGUUUCAAGGCAGCAGCAUUGGGUCUUGGCAUCUUAGAGGACUUCGUCUGCACGACGUACUUAGCGUGUGCAUUGUGGCUAUUCGACACGUUGAAAGUCGCGGCCAUUGAGCGUAUAAGUCCUCGAAUCCACCCGUUGAUCGUGCGAGUCGUCGGAAACAUCGCAACGUUCACAGUGUCCUGGAUACUCUUCGUCAUUGUAGUGGCACCGUUUGCCGCCGACAUGGUGCUGGUGCUUAACCGCGAUAUGCGAUUCACAUUGGACCUUGUAGCCACUUUAAUUAGGGAACGACACCAUCUCGGCCACGCUCCGAUUUCGAGCGAGGAGUUCCAACGAGCUUACACUAUUGGAAGUCUCCUGGUGAUUGCUGCUACGAUUUUUGCGCUGAUAAAGACGUGGGCUGACUGGGCCGACCUCACUCGCUGGAAUCCCACCCACGUGGUGAUACUAUCUGCCAAUUCUGGAGAGCGAGUGGCAACUGGAAAGGUUUUCAAGCGCACGAAGUACAAGGAACUCGCUCUAGAAGAAGGCCAGGGAUCGCCUGUGCAAGACGCUGUGACCGAAAGUCGUGUGUACGGGAAACUACUAUUUAACCAAGUGAUUCAGGCCACCACAGUUCUAGUUGGUCUGGUGGUAAUACCGAUGAUUGUUGUGGCAGUGCGUUGUGCGAGCUCACCUCUGGUCGCGUACUCGGCGUUGAAUGCGACUUUGAACGAACUAUUUGGACACGCGCUGCAACCGGGACCCACAGAGUCCACGUUUGCGAAUGUGAAUGGCGAUCUGCCGUGGAUGGAGAUGUACAUUCACCCAACUGAGAGACACAAACUGUUCGGGAAUGACUCACUCUACCGCCUCACCACGGGAUUCCGCGGAGAUCUGGCCUUCGACAUUGACGUCUCGAAGAACAGCCCGCCCAAUGUUCUCGUCCUUGGGGUCGAGUCUUUCCGCUUCCGGGACUCGCGGUACUUUGUCGGAGAGAACGACCCAUCCAACCUGUUCAAAGACACCGAUCUCACUGUGACGCCUAACUUUGACAGGUGGGCGAAGCGUGGCGUGGCUAUCCGUAAUCUCUGGACUAGCAACCCUACAAGUCGAUCCUUGGAGAGCGCGUUGUUUGCACAGAUUCCGUACGACAGCGCCGUAAAGACCGGUAUUACUGGAGGCAGAGAGGACACGAAUCUGUCUGGCUUGCCCCAACUUUUCUCGUCUAAGGGAUACGAGACCUUCUUCUCGACCGGGUCUUCUAUUGAUCUCGACAACUGGAACACGUUCCUCCCUUCACAUGGUUAUGAAACUGUUUGGGACAACAACAAGAUCAAGGAACUGGCGGAAUACCAUCUGAAUAUUUCCCACGAGGAUUGGGAUGGCGAUGCCCGUCGAGGGUUCCAAUGGGGCGCCCAUGAUGACGUGAGUUUCCAGAUUCUAGGAGAUUUACUCGUGAACAAGACACGCAAUCAAACGGAUCACGUUUGGAACGGCAAACCCAAGACGCCGCUGUUUAUCACGCACUACACCAUCACUAGCCACGCUCCAUACAACUCAGUGCCGAGAUGGUACAACGAGUCGAAGAAACCAGACUUCUCUCCUCUCUACGAAGGAGAAAAACACGCCGAUCUGGUCAAGCACUACCUCGAAGCGCGAUACUUUACCGACAUGGCGCUGGGCAAGUUCCUGGACCGCAUGGACGAAGAGGGUGUUCUUGACAAUACCAUAGUCGUCAUCUACGGCGAUCACGGCCAGGCACCUGAAGGUGACAUCAUCUACACCGAAGAAGAGUCCUUAACGCGAGUACCGGGCCUCAUUCUUGCAGAAGGACGACUUGGGAAAUAUGCGGGUCUAAAGAUUGAAGACGCAGCAGAGCACUACGAUAUUCUCAAUACCCUGGCGGAUAUCACAGGCCUACCUGAAGGAGGAUUCGUCCAGAAUGGUGUCGGUCGCUCUCUUAAGCGUAAGGUUACGUUUGGUGAGCGUGCAGUCUUCAGUAACGUCCCCGGUCACAAGAUGUCCAUUGUGCGCGGCAAUUACCGUCUGCGCUACGACGGGAUCACUGACGCGAUGUUCUUGCACAAUACGGAGAAGGACCAUUGGAUGAACGAAGAUCUACUGCCAGAGCUCCCACCUGAAAAGCUGGCAGAAUGGGAGACCUGGCGUGAGAAUGGACGCCGAAUCUCUGCGUACUAUACAAAGCGGUGGGACGAGAACUGUUUGCUUGCUGUUAACUGCACUGCACAAACUUAUGAAGAAAACCCCGUAGUAGACUGAUGACAGGAAAAUAUCAUAUUCGAUCUCUUUCUUUCUCACUUUCUCC